AUGGCCAGUGAUACGUCUCAGAAUCUUGGACCCGCGCUUGUCGCUGUGGCGUGGGUCUUCAGCUUCAUCGCCAUCGUUAUCGUCACAGCACGAUUUUACGUCCGCAGAAAUAUCAUUCAAAGGCUCUCUCUCGAUGACUGGAUCAUUCUAUUCACCCUAGCCUUAGCGCUUGGGGAUAGUAUCUUUGUCUCCAUUGCCGUCUCGUGGGGCCUUGGGCAGCAUGUGCAGAAUCUCGAUGCAUUACAUCAAAUGAACUCGGUCAAAUGGGUUUACUUGUGUGAAGUCUUUUCAAUCAUGUGCCCGUGCUUCGGUCGGAUCUCGUAUGCCUAUUUACUCCUCAACAUUGUGACCCCUACCAAAGGGCGUCGGAGGUUCCUGUGGACUAUCAUCGCUGUACAGUUUGUGGUCGAUGUCGGGACAGUCAUCAUCAGCAUGUCCCAGUGUCAACCCAUACAACGCUUCUGGGACCACAACAUCGUCGGGACCUGUUGGGACGUUCAUAUCCAGGAAUAUACGGGCUUUUUCCAAGGAUCUGUCUGUUCGCUGGUAGAUCUCUUACUCGCGGUCUUUCCUGCAAGUCUGUUCUGGAACCUGAAUAUGGGACGGAAACAAAAAGUCAUUCUGAGUUGCAUGAUGGGUCUUGGUAUCUUGUGA